CCUUCAGUAAACGUCAUCUCCGCCAUCUUGAAAACAAUCUUUGGGAAAUUGACGAAAACACCCAGGAUAUUUUCAAGAUUGCUGCCCUUAAAGACAUAAAUUACUGUUAUCAUGACAAGCCUUACACAGAGAACAAGUGGAAUUAUCCAAAGAAGGCGGACAGGAAAAGAUGGAGCUGAAGGUAGUUCCAAUAACGACCACGACGAAAAUGCUCCGCAGGAGGACGUGGACGAAGACGAACACGACUCGAAAGAAACUCGUUUGACGUUGAUGGAAGAGAUAUUAUUACUUGGCCUUAAAGACAGAGAGGGCUAUACAUCAUUCUGGAAUGACUGUAUAUCUUCAGGCCUGCGUGGCUGUAUAUUAAUAGAACUAGCGCUCAAAGGCCGCGCGGAAGUAGAGAAAGCAGGUAUGCGGAGAAGGAGCUUGUUGAAUCGUAAGGUGCACUGUAAAAAUGCGACACCGUGUGGAGAUGUACUGUUAGAUGAGGCACUGAAACACAUCAAGGAGACAGAACCAUUGGAAACUGUUCAGUCAUGGAUUGAAUAUCUCAGUGGUGAAACAUGGAACCCAUUGAAACUGAAAUAUCAGCUGAGAAAUGUACGAGAACGUCUUGCAAAAAACUUGGUGGAGAAAGGUGUGUGCACAACGGAGAAGCAGAAUUUUCUAUUGUUUGAUAUGACGACACAUCCUCUCGUAGACUCUGUGAUAAAACAAAAACUUAUUAAGAAAGUUCAGGAUUCCGUUUUAACUCAGUGGACCAAUGAUCCUCACAGAAUGAAUAAAAGAAUGUUGUCCCUUUUAUAUCUUGCACACGCCUCUGAUGUGCUCGAAAAUGCAUUUGCACCACUCUCUGAUGAUGACUAUGAUUUGGCCAUGAAACGUGUCCGAGAGCUGCUUGACUUGGACUUUGAUGCGGAAUCGAUGAAAGACGGGACAAAUGAAAUGAUGUGGGCUGUUAUAGCAGCCUUUAGUAAAUGAGUUCAUACAUAUACUGUUGUGGGAUUCCUUCUGUAAAUUAUUUGGGUUUGACUUAUAUUGCAAAUAUAAAAAGAAGUACAUGCAGGCCAUGCUUGCAAUGUGCCAGGACUUAAUGGUCUAUUUAGUAAAAUCAUUACUGUUCAAAAUUAUUGAAUGGAUUAUAAGAAACUUGAUCAUGAAUCGAUCUCUUGACGCUCAGAUCUUGUAGAAAAAUGUAACAGGCCUCAGACCUAGCUUUCAAAGGAUGAUACAGCCUGCUCAUUGAUAGGCCACUCAAUAUUGUACUUGGUGCAGAGUGCCUGAAAAGUUGCUACUUGAAGUCUGGAUUUCUGUUAACAACACGAAGCUGUUUAGGAAAAUUUGAAGUUGUUGAAGAAAAUCUGAAUCCAAGAUGUCAAUGUUGUUUGGUACCAAAGUCUGAAUCUAAGCUCUCAGAGUUGUCAAAGAAAAUCUAAGUCCAAGAUUUCAAAUUCACAUCUGAAAGAGCUUUAUAACACAAGUCCAUACAAUCCGAGUGAAAUAAGUUUGAACUAUUUGUUGUAACUUGAUGCAAGCAGAUUCUAUUUUUUAAAAGAGGUAUAUUUUGGCAUUGAUCAGUGUUUUGUUUAACAUGCAGAAUUUUAUCGGUUUAUUAACUUUGAAACUUCGUGGAAAGCAAGUUUUGAAUACAGGAAUUUAUACUGAUUUCUUUGAAAAUACUACCAGGUUUUAAUACGGUCUUAAAAUCUAGCAUUUGCUUAAAAUUGGAAGUUUUAAAAAGUUGGGACCAAGACGGUGUUGUCAAGCAUUUUAGAUGUUUCAUCAAGUGAAGGACUUUCAUAAUUACUCUGGUUUAAGAUUUUAUUGAUAUAUUAUUCUCUAAUUUGACUCCUUAAUUUAGAAGAUGGUGAUACCAUAUAUUAUAGUUGGUUAAAUAUUUCUGAUAAUAUGUAUUUCAAGUUUGUAAAAAAAAUUAUGUCAGAAUUUUUUUAUAUUUCUGUUAGAUGCGUUUCUUUGUUGUUAUAAUCAAGUACAGGUGAUUCAGAAAUUUACGGAUUAAAAUUUUUUUUACUUUAGAAUAUUUUUAAAACCUUUUUUUUUUUUUUUUUUUCAAGCAAAGGCUUUUAGCUUGCCUAUUCAAAGAAUCAUGAAAGCUAUUCUACUCAUCUGUUUGUUGUCCGCAGUGCACACUUUGAUUAAAGCUUUGUGUGCAAGACAUCUCAAAAGGCUUCCUAGUCAUUAAACCAAGUGAAAAAAAAAGAUUCUUUGGUGAAUUUGACAAAAUAAUUUUGGCCCUCUUUUUACAUAGAAAACUUUGUUAAAGUUCUGUGAGUGUUAGGUUUUGGACUGAAAUUUCAGUCAUCAAAUCUAUGAAAAUAACUAAGUUAGAUAACACAUUUUCAACUAAAAAACUGGUUUCAAAGUUUUGAAUGCAACUUUCAGGCUGUAUUUUAGUAACAACUACAUGUAUAGGAUUAAAACUGCAAACAUUGCUUCGUAGUCAUCAGGCCUACUUGACCUUUAGUCUGCAUGCGGCAAGUGAUUCUGCCUUUGCGACCAGUGCAGACCGUCUGCACUGUUCGCUUUUAAGUCAGUAAAUUUUCAUUGAACACCCCUUUGAAUAAAAAUGGUAUUGCCCAAAUUGAAUGAUGGAUCAGUCCAUUUUAGAAAUUUAGCAGGCUAAAAGUUAAAGUUAAAUAACAUUUUGUUGGAUUAAGUGCAAGUUCUGACAUUAUUUGAAAGAUUUGGUUAAAGUUUUACAAGCAGCUUAUGGAUUAUAACUUAAGACAAAACUUCCUUCUCAUGAAACGUAACUAAGAAAGCUCUCGUUUAUAUUUUAUUAAAAUUGUGGUCCUUAUUUGACUUAGAAAAUUUGUUUGAUGUUUUGCAUGUAAGUUGUAAUCGUUGUAGAAAUUAGCCGCACCAUGAGAAAACCAACAUAGUGCAUUUGUGACCAGCAUGGAUCCAGACCAGCCUGCGCAUCCACGCAGUCUGGUAAGGAUCCAUGCUGUUCGCUUUCAAACUCUAUUGCAAUUAGAGAAACCGUUAGCGAACAGUACGGAUCCUGACCAGACUGCGCAGAUGCGCAGGCUGGUCUGGAUCAAUGCUGGUCGCAAAUACACUAUGUUGGUUUUUAACAUGGUGUGGCUCAAAAAAAAAUUUUAGUCAUAGAAUUUUUUAAUUGUAAUAAGAUGUCUGUUAUUUAAGUGUUACUAAGUUAUGACCCUUGUUUGACUUGAAAGUUAUUGAAAUAGUUGAGCAUUGUUUUAUGAACAGCUCUUGUUUUUGUAAUAAUUUAAUAUAAAACAAGGUUAUGAUCUUGAUAAAGUGUACAUAGAAAUGGGAGGUGACACUAUAUUCUGCAUGUAUGUGACUGCGUCAGAGAAAUGGAAAGUGCAUUUAUUUUCCAUCAUCAUGUUAAUCUAAUUUUAAAUACAUUUGUACCAGGAUGUGAUAUCAUUUACCUGCUGGGGUUCAAACAAUGCUGUAAAAUGUUUAUAAUCAUGCUGUUGUGUCGUAUAAUUGAUUCCUCAUGCAUCAAAGUUUAUUUCCCUAUUAUGUGCCACCAAUGUAAUGAAGAUAAAAAAAAACUAUGCACAUAGUUUUUAUUGAUUGAACUGUUUAGAAACUUCAAUAAAGUUAGAGGACUGCG